AUGAUUUUAAUAAGGGUUUACGUUGCUGAAACAUAUUUAACUUUAUCAUAUAUUAGACGAGUACUGAUACUGCUCUUCAUCAAUUGCUGCUAUCAAGAAAUACAAUCGCAAUAUCGACAACAAAAUGCUGGAUAUUCUUACGAUAAACCAAAAGUACCGUUCGGAUUACCAAGUCACCAACCACCAUCACCUCCUCCACCACCACCUCCAGUAACUUAUAAUUAUCCAGCACCACCGCCACCUCCACCUCCUCCCGCCACCGCCACCUCCACCUCCUCCACCACCACCACCGCCGCCACCACCACCCCCUGUAACAUACAAUUAUCCAUCUCCGCCACCACCACCUCCACCUCCACCUCCACCACCACCUCCUCCACCACCUCCUCCACCGCCACCUCCUCCACCACCUCCACCUCCUCCUCCUCCUCCUCCACCUCCUCCUCCUCCUCCGCCACCUCCGCCUCCACCUCCUCCUCCUCCUCCGCCACCACCCCCACCUCCGCCUCCACCACCACCUCCACAACAAUAUCUGCCGCCGGCACCUCCACCGCCACCUCCUCCACCUCCCCCUCCACCUCCGCCGCCACCACCACCUCGUCCGCCUCCUCCUCCACCACCACCUCGUCCGCCUCCUCCUCCACCACCACCUCCUCCUCCUCCUCCACCAUCAUACUUGCC